GGGGCGCGGCCAGCGCCGGAGUAGACUCCUGUCCCGCCCGCCGCCAGCAGCCUCGGAGGAAGCCAGGGCAAAGAGGGCCGGCGGGGACGAGGUCUGCGCUGCAGGAAGCCGCGCCCGGCCGAGGCCCCGGACCCUGCGCCCCGAGCUCCACCGCACCAUGGCCCCGAAGCUGCUGCUCCUCCUCUGCCUGUUCUCGGGCUUGCACGCGCGGUCCAGAGAGGUGGAAGAGGAUGAAUAUGAAGAUUCAUCAUCAAACCAAAAGUGGGUCUUGGCUCCAAAAUCCCAAGACACUGAUGUGACUCUUAUUCUCAACAAGCUGCUAAGAGAAUAUGAUAAAAAGCUGAGGCCGGAUAUUGGAAUAAAACCGACCGUAAUUGACGUUGACAUUUAUGUUAACAGCAUUGGCCCUGUGUCAUCAAUAAACAUGGAAUACCAAAUUGACAUCUUUUUUGCUCAGACCUGGACAGAUAGUCGCCUUCGAUUCAACAGCACAAUGAAAAUCCUCACCCUGAAUAGCAACAUGGUGGGGUUGAUCUGGAUCCCAGACACCAUCUUCCGCAAUUCGAAGACCGCAGAGGCCCACUGGAUCACCACCCCCAACCAGCUCCUCCGGAUUUGGAAUGACGGGAAAAUCCUUUACACUUUGAGGCUCACCAUCAAUGCCGAGUGCCAGCUGCAGCUGCACAACUUCCCCAUGGACGAGCACUCCUGCCCGCUGAUUUUCUCCAGCUAUGGCUAUCCCAAAGAAGAAAUGAUUUAUAGAUGGAGAAAAAAUUCAGUGGAGGCGGCUGACCAGAAAUCAUGGCGGCUUUAUCAGUUUGACUUCAUGGGCCUCAGAAACACCACAGAAAUCGUGACAACGUCUGCAGGUGAUUAUGUUGUCAUGACUAUAUAUUUUGAAUUGAGUAGAAGAAUGGGAUACUUCACUAUUCAGACAUACAUUCCCUGUAUACUGACUGUGGUUUUAUCCUGGGUGUCAUUUUGGAUCAAAAAAGAUGCUACACCAGCAAGAACAGCAUUAGGCAUCACCACGGUGUUGACCAUGACCACCCUGAGCACCAUCGCCAGGAAGUCCUUGCCACGCGUGUCCUACGUGACCGCCAUGGACCUCUUUGUGACCGUGUGCUUCCUGUUUGUCUUCGCCGCGCUGAUGGAGUAUGCCACCCUCAACUACUAUUCCAGCUGUAGAAAACCAACCACCACGAAGAAGACGACAUCGUUACUACAUUCAGAUUCCUCAAGAUGGAUUCCUGAGCGAAUAAGCCUACAAGCCCCCUCCAACUAUUCCCUCCUGGACAUGAGGCCACCACCACCUGCGAUGACCACGUUAAACAAUUCCGUUUACUGGCAGGAAUUUGAAGAUACCUGUGUGUAUGAGUGUCUGGAUGGCAAAGACUGUCAGAGCUUCUUCUGCUGCUACGAAGAAUGUAAAUCAGGAUCCUGGAGAAAAGGGCGUAUUCACAUAGACAUCCUGGAGCUGGACUCGUACUCCCGGGUCUUUUUCCCCACGUCCUUCCUGCUCUUUAACCUGGUCUACUGGGUCGGAUACCUGUAUCUCUAAGCGUUGCUCAUGGUGAAGAGUGGAGAGCGUUUGGUACACACUCGACCUUCCGUCGCCCGCAGACCAGUAGUGACCAAUCGGGAGUACCAAGGAAGGACACUGCUCAGUGUAUCUUGUUAAAAAUGACCUUUCAGCAACACAGGAAGUACCGGCAAAGGUUUCUAUUAUGUAUUUUACACACACACACACACACACACACGCUAAUUGAGUUUUAAAGUAAUAUUCUUGCUGAUCCCUACUGAAUUGUAGCUUGGUGUUGUUUCUGAAUGGUUUAUGGAUAUUGGAAGCAGCUGCUGAUUACCCUUGCCAAGAAAUCUGUAAAACAUGCAAGUGAAUGUCU